CCAGAGCACCCUGGUCCGGUCAGCAAACAGCCCGCACAACCUGUCCACCUCCAUCUCCGGCUACAGCACCUUCAACGGCACCCUGUCCCCUGGCUCCAUGCACAGCCUGUCCUUCGAGGGCUUCAUGGAGUCCACGCUAGCUAACUCCCCGCCCGUGCCCGCCAAAGAGGCCUUCCAGUACCUGUACCGGCCCAGGAACUUCCAGGAGAAGGCGCGGAUCAACUGCGCAUGGUUGGAUUCCUCCACGUCCCUAAUGGAGCAAGGGAUCAGAGAGAAUGAUUUCAUUAUGCUCAAGUUUAAGUUCUACAAUUUCUACGACCUCAACCCAAAG